AUGUCAUAUACGAAUAAACUGUGUCAAGCCACAAACGAUUGGAUUUUGAAAGAGUUAUCUGUGAGCCUCAGCUGCCAGAAAGAAUUCGGAUUUCUCAUGCUUAAAUUUGAAGGCCAUCCUGAUUUUAUGGUUGUAUAUGAACAUAAAGGACUAAAUACAAAAGUUCGACGGACAACAUGCAGCAAGUUGCUGGUUCAAGGAAAAGAAUAUAUUGAUGCAAUGUGCGAAGAUUUGGAACAUAUUUUUAUGAAUGCGAAUUUCGCAGAAAAUCUAUUCAUUGCAGUUCGUUACUAUGAGGUCUGUCGCGAAAACGUUGAAGCUGCAGAUUGUGUCUACAAGCAGUUCAAAAGUUGUUUCAAAAAACAACAAAAGAGAAUUCCUGUUAACACUCUCUCUUUGAAUAUCGACCACGUUUCCAAGCUCCGUGACAUCUUACAAUGCUUUGACUCAAAUACAUUGAAAGAUUUGUACAUCACAUAUCGUAAAGAAGAAAACCAACUAGAAAUUGUUGGGUUUGGUGAUAUAGUGAAAAUGGAUCAAUGGAAAAGUGCGAAAGACAUCAAUCUUAAAGAUUUCAACGUUUCAAUACCGUUCGAACACUUUAGUCAUUGUGAGGAUGUGGACAUAAAAGUUUGAAAAAUAUCAGCACUUGACAUACAAAAGCUUAUAAAGCUUGACUUCCAUGCCCCUAAGUUUUGUAGUUUUAGCUUAAACUACGAACACUUGGAAGCCGAUGUGACGGAAGAACUAUUGGACAAGUUAAUUGGUAAAAAAUAAUCUGAAAAGUUCGGAUUUUCGGUUCGCCUGAUCAAGGAUAAACGGGAGUUUUUACUAUGCAAGGAAUCAAAAGAAAUAAAAAUUAUUCAACCGGAUAUUUUAUACUCUCCUCAGAUUAGAAAAUAACUUAAGAAAGUUCUCGAAGCAGACCAACAACUUUCAAAACUAUCCCUAUCACAGUCUUCAACUGAAUGGCUUCAUAACAUUUUAAUUAUGGGAAAAAUUACGGAAUAUCUCAACUUUAAAGAUUUGUAGAUUUGUAAUUUCAUUUUUUCAAGAGAAAAGUCUUUUGUUGUAGACAAGUUAUCGGUAAAGUUUUUUGGUAAAGUUUAAUUCGCCAACUCAUCGAAGUUCUCAAGCCUGACCCCAAAGUGGUAGCAGUCGAAAUUUUCGGCCGUGGGAUUGGAUACAGAUCUGUUCGCAUAUCCGAUACAGAUGAUACAGAGAUAUUGAACUAUUAUGAAAAACCAGAAGAUACUUUUAAUUUGAACAAAAGUAACUAUUCGAACGACAUGUUCCAUAUAUUCAAGAACCAGAAAAAUGCGCUAAGCGAUCUCUCUUUAAAAUUUAUUGAAGACAGAAAAGAGCUCAUAAAUCUGAACGAAAAUCCAUAUGUUGAAUUAUUCAAAGAAACGUUUUCUUCACUAAAUCAAUUGCUUUUGGUUGAAAAGUUAAAUAUGACGACUAGUGAUCCAGAAACGGUGACGCAAAUACUCCAAUACUUGGGCCCCGUUUCACUGAAAGCUAUUAACUUUGCAUUUUCGGACGGCACGCCGACAAGAGACGUGCGGAGCAUUAAAACACUAUCCAGCAUGAAACAUUGGAAAAACGCAGAAAAAUUGCAUAUCCACUCGCUUGUGGUGAAAUGCGAUGUUGUGGAUUUAGUUCAUUUUACAAAAGUCGACAUAGUACUGGACUCGAUAUCAUUGGGAGAUGUUGUAUAUUUGAAAGAUACAUUCCUCUUAUCUCAAACAUUCCGUCAAUUUAAAGCCGAGUUUGUGAACAGUGAUAUUAAUGAAUCCAUAUUCGAUGAUACUUUCUUGGGAGAUCCGUUCCGCAGAAUUUCCGAUCUUUCGACUGGACAACCUAAUAUUUGGUUUUUCCCUUACACUGAUGUUGAGGAGGAUCUUCAAAUCAGAUAUUACCAAGAGCGUAAAAACUUUAUGUUUGCACGUAUUCAAAGAAAAGCUAGAACUUAGCUGUUUUAAAUUCUCGUGAAACUGAUCUGAUACUGUUGUUGACAUUUUUUUAUCAUUACUAUAAACGGUUGCCUUUCAGAU